CAGACAGACAGAAGCAUCUAACCGGACAUAAACCACAGGAGGUGUUUGAAAGUGAUGCUUUGACAGUUUGAAGGGCUUCCUGAGACUCGCGCCACUGCCAUGGCGGUGCGCUCUGACCUGUUGGGUACGGCUCAGCCGGCGUUUGAGUCCUGGCCUGCAGGCAGUGGCAAUUCUGUGGAGGAGCUGGACGUCAGGAGUUUCCUGAGCUCACUGAUGGAGGAGAACAGCACAGUGGAUAGAUGUUAUCGCUCUCACUCCCGCAGCAGCGUCCUGCAAGGCCUGCCCUUCGGAGGAGUCCCCACCGUCCUCGCCAUCAACGUCGUUCUGUGGCUGUUCCUGCUUCUAAUCUUCUCCUGUUUGAGGAAAGCAGCGUGGGACUAUGGUCGUCUGGCUCUGCUUAUGGAAAAUGACAGCUUGACAUCACUAUUCUAUGGAGAACAAAGUGAGAAAGAGAAAACCCCAUCAGAAUCCAGCCCAUCAGACUCAGAGACCAAGGACAUGGGCUUCUGUUCCUGGCUCACAUCUCUGUACCACAUGAAGACAUUUGAAGGGGAUGAAGAGAUCCGCAGUAAAUGUGGCAUUGACGCGAUCACGUACCUGUCUUUCCAGCGUCACAUUAUCCUGCUCAUGAUGGUGGUGUGUUUGCUGUCGCUCACCAUCAUCUUGCCUGUCAACCUCUCUGGAAACCUCCUAGGAGAUAGCCCACAGAAUUUCGGCCGAACAACAGUGGUUAAUGUUCCUGCACAGAAUGCAUUUCUGUGGCUGCACAGCAUCUUUGCUCUGCUGUAUUUUGUGAUCACAGUACUGUGCAUGGCCCAUCAUUCCUCACGACUGGAAUACAGAGAAGACGAGAAGGUGGCCAGAACUCUAAUGAUAACUUCAGUUCCCAGAGAAAUCUCUGAUCUGAGCCUGAUCACCAAACACCUGCAUGAAGCCUACCCUAGCUGCACCGUCACAGACAUCCGGUUCUGCUUUGAUGUACAAAAACUAAUGAAGCUGGACUCAGAAAGGCGAAAAGCAAUGAAAGGAAGGCUGUACUUCACAACCAAAGCUCAGAAGGAAGGCAGGAUCAUGAUAAAGACUCACCCCUGUGCACAGAUCUUCUGCUGUGAUAUAUGUGGCUUUGAACAGGUGGAUGCAGAGCAGUAUUACAGUGAACUGGAGGAGAAACUGACAGAUGAGUUUAAUGCAGAGAAGAACCGUAUCUCUAUGAAGAGGCUGGGCAUUGCCUUUGUUACCUUCAGAGAUGAGAGAAUGACUGCAGUGGAAAAUCUGUCAGUGUGCGGUUCUCGCUGGUGGCUCCGCUGCGUCCUGCUCAACAUUCUGCUUUUCUUCUUGCUCUUCUUUCUCACAACCCCUGCUAUCAUCGUAAACACUAUGGACAAGUUCAACGUCACUCGGCCAGUUGAAAGCUUAAGGAACCCAGUAAUUACCCAGUUCUUCCCCACCCUGCUCCUGUGGGCCUUUUCCAUUCUCCUGCCCUUCAUUGUGUACUAUUCAUCUUUCUUUGAGUGCCACUGGACCAGGUCCAGUGAGAAUCAGGUCACCAUGCAUAAAUGCUUUCUACUGCUUGUCUUCAUGGUAAUCAUUCUACCAUCACUGGGUCUAUCCAGCUUGGAUUUGUUCUUCAGGUGGCUCUUUGACAUCCACUUCCUGGAUGAAACAGAUGUAAAGUUUCAAUGUGUGUUUUUGCCUGAUAACGGAGCUUUUUUUGUGAACUACGUGAUCACGUCCAGUCUGAUCGGAACGGUCAUGGAGCUUUUGCGUAUUCCUGCUCUACUGGUGUACUCUCUUCGCCUUUGCUUUACCAAAUCUAAAGCUGAGCGCAUCCACGUUAAAAGAAGUCAGGCCUAUGAGUUUCAGUUUGGUCUUGAGUAUGCCUGGACAAUGUGCAUAUUUUCAGUCAGUAUGACCUACAGCAUCAUCUGCCCCAUCAUUGUACCUUUUGGGUUGCUGUACCUUGUGCUGAAGCAUAUGGUAGAUCGCUAUAAUAUCUACUACGCCUAUUUACCCACAAAGCUCAGCCAGCAGAUCCAUUCAGCCGCCAUCAGUCAAGUGGCAGUGGCGCCCAUUCUCUGCAUGUUCUGGCUGCUGUUCUUCUCUGUGCUCAGACUGGGUCCAGUGCAGCCCAUCACUCUGUUCACUUUCAUAACUCUCUUGUGCUGUAUUGCCUUCUCCUGCUUUGGCUUCUGUCUGAAAAAACUACGACCUGACAGAUCAACAAGCUAUCAGAUGUCCGAUCAGACGACAGAAGGAGGCUUCACUGAUGCGGAAAGAAGCACCGUUUCCACCACAACCACAGCUAAUCUUUUUAUAGCCUCCGUCUUGCUGGAGCCAGAGCUGGGCCUGACUCCCAUGCCCUCUCCGGCCCACCAGAGCUAUGGCACUAUGGGGAACAGCCAGAGUUCAGUGCAUGACGCUGAAGAGGUGGAGGAGAAGGAUCUGCAGGAAACUUUGGAAACUGAACUCCAGCAUGACCCAGAUCCCAGCUGCCCGAGCCCUCUAAUGGACAGUCCUGUAGGUUUCCAGUGACCAACCUGCCCCCCGUUCCUACUCCCUAACGCUAAAGCCCCAUGCCUCAUCUUAGCUAGUGGCUGAUUUUCCAAAAACAAUUUUUCCUCUACAACCUCCAUUUACGAGUAAAGGACAACAAAUUGCAGCCAUCCAAGCAAACUGCUUCAAAAAGCUUGCUCGGAAUUCACUGACAUGGCGGUUUUAGUUCUGAGGACUUUGAUGAGCUUUCAAAGAAGUAUCUGAAGUGGAUAAAAGCACAGAUCUGUCGAAGAAUGAGACCAGCCACUUCUCUUCCUCAGACUACGCGUUCUACUUUCUUCUGUAUUUUUCUUUUCUCUUUAAUGACGAUAAUGGGUGUCUGGUGGUUUGUUUGACUGAAGCUUGGGACAUUGUAUUUUGACAGAUUUUUCGAUGCAAUUUUAUAUGCAUAG